UUGACCCAAGUCGAAGUCACCUGAAAAUGAAGCCUUUCACGAGCUGUGUUUUCGUCGCUCUCCUCUCCGGAGUCCUCGCGACUCCCGCUGGUCCCGCUGCCGUUGCCAAGUGGGAGAGCUUCAAGGCUAAACAUGGAAAGCAACACUCCGUCCAUGAGGAGCCCGCUCGCAUGCAGCGUUUCCUCGAGAGGAGCGCUGAGAUCGAUGCCCACAACGCUCGUUACGAGGCCGGCCUCGAGAGCUUCUCCAUGAAGCCCUCUCAGUACGCCGACCUCACCCCCGAGGAGUUCGCUCGUUCCGCUCUCGGUUUCGUCGCCGCUGUCAACGCCUCCGACAUUCCCUUAUCCGAGGAGCCCAUGAUGCCCAGCAUCCCGUCUAAGUUCGACUGGAGGGACCAGGGCAUCAUGACGCCUGUUGUCAGCCAGGGUUACUGUGGUUCUUGCUACGCUUUCGCCGGAGCUGCUGCCCUCGAGGCCUAUCUCAAGUGGAAGACCGGACAGACCCACGACCUCUCCGAGCAGGAUGUUGUCGACUGCUCCUACAAGAAGUUCUUGGGAAACAACCACAACGGAGGAUGCCAGGGAGGAUGGCCCACCGCUGUCUACGAGUACUACAACCAGAAGGGUCUCGUCUCCGAGAGAGAGUACCCCUACACUUCUGGAAGUACCAAGACACACGGACCCUGCAGGAUUCCCAACGCCAAGAACGACCGAGUCAGGGGAUCUCUCAAGAUUAAGAACGUCAAGCCCAAGAAUGAGAAUGAGAUGGCCGCUCUCCUUGUUUCCAAAGGUCCUCUCGUCAUUGCCAUGGCUGCUGAUAACGAGUACAAACGCUACUUCAAUGAUCUCGGCGAUGGUGUCUUCGAUAUGGAUCACGCUAUCAAUCUCGGUCCGAACCACGCUGUCGUUCUCGUCGGUUACGGAAACCAGAAGGGCAAGGACUACUGGGUCAUCAAGAACUCUUGGGGAAAGGAAUGGGCCGUCGGCGGUUACGGAAAGAUCGCCAGAGGAAAGAACAUGUGCAACCUCACCAAAUUCGGAGUUUGGUACGUUGAGCAAUAAGAUGUCACAGUUCUGAAUAAAUUUCUCACAUGCCAAAAGCCUUGGCUUCA